UAUAGCAAUGCAAAAUCCAUUUGUCUUUGGUCCAUGUUUAAUUAUCUGUUACAAAUAACUGAGAAUCGGUGACAUUUAUUACUGUAGAGAAAGUCAUUAUUGUCCCCGGCUUUUGAAAAGACGCAUACCGUAGCAUUCACGCAAGAAAAGCUUUAUUAACAACAGUGUCACGUUCUGGGAGACUACAAUUGAUGUUUCUUGAAAUCAUGUUAUUAUAGCUAUUAUUUUCUCUCCCUUUUUUCUCAGGCCUGUCAAUCACUCAAUUAUAUGAGUGGGUGGAGCGUGACAGAUGGGUGUGGCUGGCAAUGUGUGUGACAGUGCAUGAUUGUUUCCAUGGAGACAGAUGGCAGCUUUUCCGAGGGCCCCACACUCACGCUCCUACAGUCAAAUGACGGUGUGGGGGCGGGGCUUGUCGAGCCAGAGGAGGCGUGGCUCGGCUUCCGGGCCACCGUGAGUGCUGUGCUGCUAUUGGAGUUGCUGCUCGGCGUGGGCGGCAACCUGACGGUGUUGGUGUUGUACUGCGGCCACUGCAGCCUUCUGGAGUCGGUCAGCCAUGCUGUCACACUCAGCCUGCACACGCUUGACCUGUUACUCUGUCUGCUCUGCCUGCCCAUCACUGCAAUGCUCCUCCUUCUGGGUGGAGCCUCCAGCCCUCACCACGUCCUGCUCUGCUGUCUCCACGAAUCAGCAGCCACCUUCGCCAGUGUAGGAACUGCACUCAACCUGUUGCUCAUUAGCCUCGAUCGCUACGACAUCAGCGUCCGUCCAGCCAAUCGUCUGCUUACACCACGGAGAGCAGCGUUUUUGCUAGCUGGAGUGUGGGUGGUGUCUUUAACCUUGCCAGUCUUGCCAUUUGUGGAGGCAGGUCUUGGCUCUGGGGCAACAGAUGGAGCACCUGUUUACUCAAAUAGCACCUUGUUGUGUUCCCAACUGGUAGGGACUCUACAAGCUCAUCUCUUUCUGCAGGCUCCCAUCUUCCUGUGCUCACUGGCUGUAAUGCUGUUUACUUACUCACGCAUCCUGCAGGCCCUGCGCAUUCGCAUCGGACAUCCGGCCAGAGCGCAAAGAGGCACCACGCAACUUGUCCGGCGCCCCUGGCAGCGUCGUACGAGGUCUGCAGGGUCACCAGAUCACGUGAUAAAGACUUUAUCUGUAUCUCCUCCUCCCCUCUCCACUGGACCGCUUGUGGCCUCAGACACCAUUACCACGGUGACUAUGAACACAGAGACCAACACACCAUCAGUGAACACUCCACUGAGUCCAACCCCCACUGCAACCACACCCUUUGCACUGACCCCGAAUGUCGGCUCAUCACUGGGGGCAGCGCCUUUGAGUCCUAUGCCUACACUGUCCGCUGUAACCACACCUCUAAACAAUAACCCAAAUGCUUCCACCAUCAACACCCCUCUACACCCCACAAGAUCCAUACCACUAAACCCUAAUCCAACUAUAUCCACCAUAACCACCCCAUUAAGUCCCACUGCUACUCAUGCCCCACCCAGUGUUGGUGUUGGGGCCUCAGUGUCAGCCAUCUUGGCCCUGCGCCGUGCCGUGAGACGUCACAGAGACCGAAGGGAACGUCAGAAACGUGUCUUCCGCAUGUCCGUCAUCAUUGUCCUCUCUUUCCUGCUGUGCUGGGCUCCUCUGUCCAUUACACCACUCCUACAUCUGGCCAUCGGACCCUCUGAUUGGCUGGAGCACCUCAGGGUCUGCUUCCUAGUGCUUGCCUACUGGACAGUGGUGCUUCAUCCGCUGCUGUAUGCAUUCACACGGCAGAAACUGCGCAAAGUCCUGCACACACGUCUGCGCAGGCUACGCAACAAAAACAACAACACAUACACCAUCGCUCGGACAAAGCAGAGGAAUCAGCGCAAGCAUAGGGCAAACUGCAGCGAUGCUACCGACCGCUGUCUGAUGGAGACUGUCCGUGAGUGA